GAGGGACGCAACGACCCUGAACGCAACUUAUCUAUCUACCUAAGCAAUAACUGAGCCACGAUAAAGCGUGAACUCAGCAACAUCUUCUGGACGGAGAGACAAAGCAUCUGUGGCAUCUUACUACUGUAGAUGAUUGCUACCUUAUCUACCUCCUCUAAACACAUGGAAACACAUGCAGGCCCCUCACUCUAAAGUUAAUUUUUAAUCUUCUUUCAGCGUGACAUACUGUAUAUACCGCUAUAUAUACUGUGACUUUGUCUGUUACUGCCUCUUAGAUUAGUACGGUGGUGUCACUAAUUAUUGUUUUUUCUCUGUUUCUUCAAUACUUUGGAUGUCCAUCCCACCUUGUGGAUCAUGGCUGGCUUUCUUACAUGGCUGUGGAGGUAUAGGAACUACAUUGUGAUAGUCCUGACACCUCUUUUACUUCUGCCUCUGCCCUUGAUCGUCCCGACGCCGGAGGCAAAAUGUGGCUUUGUAAUAAUCCUCAUGGCGCUGUACUGGUGUACAGAGUGUAUCCCUCUGGCUGUGACGGCGCUGCUGCCCGUCAUUCUCUUCCCCAUGAUGGGCAUCAUGGAAUCAGGCGAGGUUUGUAUCCAGUACCUGAAAGACUCCAACAUGCUCUUUAUUGGUGGGCUGCUGGUGGCCAUCGCUGUCGAGCAAUGGAACCUGCACAGGAGGAUCGCCCUUAAAGUGCUGCUUAUUGUGGGGGUGAAGCCAUCUCUCCUGAUGAUCGGUUUCAUGAGCACCACAGCCUUUCUGUCCAUGUGGAUCAGUAACACGGCCUCCACAGCCAUGAUGCUGCCCAUCGCCAACGCUGUGCUGCAGCAGCUGUGUGACACAGAGGCCAACGCCGAAGAGAGGGAUUAUAACCAGUCGGCUGCAAAGGAUGGUCAGGAUAACCAGGCAUUCGAGUUGGGUGACGCCAAACAGAGCAAAGAGCUCAAACCAAAGGACGGCACCAUCAACAUGGAUAAAGAUGACCACGACGACAUGAACGAAAUGAAGGAAAAUGACGUUAUGUCAACGGUUUGUGACAGGAGUCCAGAGGCGGAGCAGCGCAGACUUGAAAGGGAGCAGAAGUAUACGAAACUGACAAAAGGCUUGAGCCUAAGUGUUUGUUACGCUGCCAGCAUCGGUGGGACGGCUACUCUCACUGGAACCACACCCAAUGUCAUCCUGAAGGGCCAGAUUGAUGAACUCUUCCCAGGUAAUGGAGGCGUGAUCAACUUUGCAAGCUGGUUUGGCUUCUCAUUCCCCAACAUGGUGCUGAUGCUCGCCUUGUCUUGGUUGUGGCUGCAGUUUAUGUUUUUGGGCUUCGACUUGAGAAAGUCCUUUGGAUGUGGCACAAAGAAAGACGAUGACAGAGAGGCGUACCAGGUGAUCAGAGAUGAAUACAGAAAGUUGGGCAGGAUGAGCUUCGCUGAGGGCUGUGUGCUGAUUAUCUUCACGUUGCUGGUUCUUCUGUGGUUCACUAGGGAGCCUGGGUUCAUACCCGGCUGGGCCACUGUGUUCUUCAACAAAGACAAACCGUACGUCACAGAUGGCACCGUGGCCAUAUUAAUGUCAGCGCUCUUCUUCUGCAUCCCGUCCAAUUUGCCCGGAUGCUGCGGGAAGUCCGAGGAUGGGGCCCCUGCUGAGGCCCCUUCCCCUCUUCUUAGUUGGGACAUCGUCCACGAAAAGAUGCCUUGGAACAUCCUUUUGCUUCUGGGAGGAGGUUUUGCAUUGGCACACGGAAGUGAGAAAUCUGGACUUUCCUUGUGGCUGGGAGAGAGUCUCAUACCGCUGCAGAGCAUCCCUCCUUUUGCCAUCUGCAUCCUGCUGUGUCUGCUGGUGGCCAUGUUCACCGAAUGUUCUAGCAACACCGCCACCACCACGCUCUUUCUGCCAAUACUGGCCUCUAUGGCCACCGCCAUCAAGAUACACCCACUGUACGUCAUGUUUCCCUGCACCAUCUCUGCUUCGCUGGCUUUCAUGCUACCCGUAGCCACUCCACCCAACGCCAUUGCCUUCUCCUACGGCAACCUUAAAGUCAUGGACAUGGCCAAAGCUGGAUUCAUUCUGAACUUUGUUGGAGUCAUAACCAUCAACAUUGCCAUUAACACGUGGGGCGUGGCCAUGUUCCAGCUGAAUACCUUCCCUAGUUGGGCUAAUGUCACCGAAACUCCUUGAAUGUGAACUCAGGAAAAUCAGAACACAGAGAUGAACAGUAUCUGCUUACUGAUCAGGAUGCCACCACUGGAGGACUGGGCUGGCAGGUGAUUUAGCAUUUUAUCCUCCAGCCUGAUGUGCAUUGAGACCUGUCCUUGAAUGCUGACAUAGGUUCUUCUAUGCAGUUUUCAAUCUCAUAUCCUCCCUCACAUUGUGAUGAUCUUCAGAAACCAGCUACCCAUGCUGACUGGAAACAAUAGAGCACCUUUUGUUGAUGUUUUGACUGAACUUGAGUGAGUUCAGUUCAUCUAGAUAAAUAAUAUUCUUGACUGUCAACCAAGCAGAUGUAACAUGUGUAACCGUGGUUGUCUGACUAAAGAGAGAACCAUAAUUAUCCUUACUUUCUCAGUUGGUUAUUUACAGUUGAGCAAAUUAUACACACUGUACUACAUGCAAGUUUGAAAAUACUGUAGUUACUCAAACUGAACAGAAUAUUCAUCUUCCAAUAAAAUAAAUGUUUGUAAUAGAGAUGA